GUAUUUAUUGCCUGAGCUUCGAUCUGCCGAGUCCUUUGCCCUUUUACGUCGUGCUGUGGCUUUCAACAGCCGAAUGGGCUUCCUUCUCCUGCACGCUGAACCAGUGCAGUAGUUCAUCCUUGUCGCAUUACAUGCUGCUGGAGUGCUGCUAGCUAGCUCGCAAGCAAAGGAAGGAAGGAGGACCACGUGCGGUCCAUUCACCUGAAAUAGAUCCACUGUAUGCAUGCAGUGCAGUGGUACGGUCGGUACGCGGUGUGAAGCCUGCUUGUGCCAGCUUACGUACGUGCGAAUUCGAGCGCGCGAUCUGGCCUGAAACUGUGAAAUAAUCUGUGUGCAAACGUCGCCAAAGUUAGUUGAGAGAAGUCCAGAGUUUAGCCUGCGCUGCCGUUCGCCAAGGAUAUCAAGAAUGGCAUGCACUUGCGAUGCGCGCAGCACACGAUUCAAUCAGAUAACGCCAGAUCAGCCGCAGACGGCUCGCUCCACAGGUCGCCGGCGAACAAGAUGGACACCGUUUGAUUCUGCUCGACUUUGGAUUGUUCUUGCUGCCAGCCUGCACAUGAGCAGCUCACUGUGUUCGGCUAUGAGACUUGAUGGGUUUGGACGGAGUGUACCCGAGAUCCCUGGCCAGUGCGAUCACAGUGAUUGGGAUUCGGUGAGCUGUACGGACAGUGGCCGUGAUGUUACCGCCUGCACGCACUGCUUACCGGGAGAAUGGUGCAGGUCAGUGGCGAACGCUAGCGUGUCACUUGCCGACAUCGGCACCAACGCAUCGUUUGUCUGCGAGCCGUGCCCAGCCGGUUGCUUCCAGUCCAGCCCAGGGCAGCAGUUUUGCCUAGUUUGCCACGGCGGGAAUUUCUCGGCCACCUGUAACCAGAGCAGCUGCCAACAAUGCGAAGCUGGUCAGUAUUCGGCAAAGGAUAAUGAGGCGCACACGGAGUGUGACCUGUGCACUAUUGGCACCAACCAGACACGAAAAGGCAAGGAGUCCUGUUCGCCCUGCCCUCCAAACACCAUGUGCAAUCACACUGCAUGCGGCGACUGCAAGAUGUGCUACAUCGGCCAGGAGGCGUACGCGAAUCGUUCCUGGUGUCAGCCGUGCCAGGCUGGCUCGCACAACCCAGGAUAUCUGAAGUACUGUCGGCCGUGUGAUCCCGGCUUUGCAUGCAACUUCACGUCGUGUGCAAUCUGCGAGCCCUGUCAACCAGGUCAGUUUGCACAUCGGCCUGCCUCGCACGCGUGUGCCCCAUGCCCGCUCGGCCAUUACCAAGACCAACUUGCAGGAAGUGUGUGCCACCGGUGCCCGAAAGGCUUUUACGCGACAGAGAUGGGCAGGCCCGACUGUAUAGAGUGUGGUGUUGGGUACUAUUGCCCUACUGCCGAGAACCCACCAAGGCCAUGUCCCAACGAUGCAUACUGUCCUAAAGGCAGCGAGGAGCCACAGUAUUGCCCUGCCAUGUACAAUUUGAACACCAGCGAAAAUGGCUGCACCAUGAGUGGAGGGCUGAUUUGUAUUAUCGCCGCUACUUUACUGGCUAACAUCAUCAUUAUUACACUCCUGAUUUGGCACUACUAUCGCAAGAAGAAGCUCUACACUGGUGGAGAGAGUCGUCCUCUAAUGUGGAGGAAAGAAACGCAGACAAGGGAUCCCCCGGAGUACGAUGGAUUUUGAAGUUUCCCCGCAGUUUGUCUGUGCUACUUCGCCGGUAUAUGAGCACCAUUUGCAGAUCCUUCUGGUCCAUGCCUUGUGAUCAUAAGGAGCAAUGAUACAAAUGAAACAAAAGUCAGCGCUCUCCCAAUCACCCCCCCCCCCCCCUCUCACAUCCAUCCAUUUGCCCACUUGAAGUACACAGAUACAUUCUGUAACGACAUUCACAGAAAGACUUUACCAUCACCUUGAUCCCGGUGGCAUGCUGUUAAACUUACAAGUAAAUAGAAAGACUCUUUGACUCUUUGAUCAGCCUGCUCCUAGUUGUAGUAUCCUCUGCUACACCAUCACUUCUUCACUCCCAUGCAUCAUAUGAUCAUAGCACCGCUUGAAGGUGGAGUUUGUGUGCAUUCAUGGAUGUUGCCACAAAUAUAGUGUAAGCACUGGCUAACUUGCGGAAUUCCUCACCGUUAGAGGCUUUCGUCUGCAAGAUUUUAGAUGCAUGCAGUACACAGAUUUUCCUUGAUAAAUAACCGAACAUGAAGCUGCUGGUUGGCUUCUAUUUUAAGUAUUAUGCGUAGUUAUGAUAAUAGUCUCUAUGAGCACAUUGUAUCACCUAAUCUGUCCCGCGAUUCUGCAGAUUGCAGAAUUUCUGGAGAACUUGGCAAUUUUACCAGCAUUCGGAAAUCCUGUUGAGUGAGAAUAA